AUGGCGGAAGUAGCGGGUACAAUCUUCGAUGUCAUUUCCCUUUCCAUCCAAAUAUUCGACAAGGUAUCGAAGUACACAAGUGCCGUCAAAGAUGCAAAGACCAAGGCUGAACAAAUUCUGGCCGAAAUGGAAUACCUGGCAGAUCUACUUGAAGAGCUGGAAUCCAUCACUAACAGAGCGUGUGCAGAUAAUUCUGCGACAUCAGCAAAGCGAGGGGUCUACCAGUGUGCCCAGGCCAUUGAGAUUGUGAAGUUAAAACUUGGUGGAGACAAGCCAGUUUGCGCGAAGCCUUGGGCUAAGCUCAAGAAUACGUUCCGACGUCUGAUGUUUCCUUUCAAGGAGGCGGAUAUCAAGUAUUGGAAAGAUGUGCUAAGCGCCCCGACUGCAAACACCUGCACGUGCUACGGGAAACACACGAUCAAACGCGUCCUCAAGCGGCCAUUCUUCUGGACACAAGCCACAUUCCAUACUCAUAACCGCGGUUGCCCAUUUUGGUCAGCGGAAGGUCUCAGGACGAGUAUCACUUUUGGGCUUAUCUUGUGCUACUUCGCGCUUGGGAUGCAAUGGCGCAUGCUCUUGACACUAUCGAUUGGAACUCGACCUAUCUCAAUCCUGCCAGGUCUCAAAUGCUAUCGAGCAGUAAAGGCUUCUUCGUCUCCAGCCUUUAGGGCCGUCGAUGCGGUCUUUAGCUCGUCUAUAGGUGCGCAGACAAUUCCAAUUCUGUUUGGAGACCUUCGCAAGAUUUUCGAGACGCGACGAGCGUCAACCGAUGAUCGUUUGCCAAACGGUCAGACUUUACUACAUUAUAUGUGUGGUCACAUCGGACAGCGAAUCUGGGUCAUAGACAAGAGUCAACUGCAGCAUUGUCGAUCUUUGCUCCGGCUUGUUUUUGAUUUCGUUAAAGAUGUUGCAUCAGAGACGGACGAUGAGGGGAAUACAUGUGUCGACUUGUUAUUGCGUGCAACUGAUCCAGCCGACCACAUUUGGAACGCACUGGUCACAGACCUUCUCCAGGCUGGAUUGCAGAUGACCCCGAACUGUCAUCCUGAUGGCAAAUUCCCGAGUUAUGGUUCCUGGGUUGAAAUUCCGUUUGCUAGCUUUGCUGAACCUUUCUCACAUCAUUAUGGGCCGGCGGACAUUGUGUUGACCAAGUCAGAUCAUCAUCUUAAACAGUACUUGCAGGAAAUAUCGUACACAUCUGCAGGUGAUAUCACGGCUGGAGAGACGCAAAGGCUCUACAAAUUGGCAACUCGGAUGGGCUGGGUGGCUGGGUGCGAAAUUCUAUUCGAAGCAGGCCUGGCAUACAUGCCCCAGAUGAUCGAGGAACCACCAAACCGCUUGUCAGUAUCUGAACCACUAAUACACGAUGCUAUCGAGUCCCGCAAUCCGCAGAUGGUAUUGUUUUGGCUCCAAGUACGCGAUGACGCCAGCACGAACCAUUUACCAUAUAUUGGGAACAUCGAAACAGCUUUGGUGCACGCCUCGGAAAUCUGUCACAAUGAAGAAAUCGCAGAGAUACUCCUGUCGCACUUGGUCAGCCAAAGAAAUCGUCUUCAACAGCUUGCGAGCGAUUUUGACAUCCCUGAUGCAGUCUCUUUGAGCGACGAUCAUCUCCUCGAUAUUCACGCAGCCUGUGUAGUUUGGUUGCUCAUAAGCCGAGGUGUAAAGGUACCUCCGGCGAUUCGACCGUUUGGCAGCAGCGUGUACAGCGUUAGGAACAUGUACCAAGAGCAGCCACCUGUAUACCAGAAGUCCAGAGAUCCACUGUGGAUUUUCCAGAGAUUCCGGAAAAUGUUCGCACUGCUUGAAACCAACCUGUCCGCCGCUCGUAUUUGCGAUGGUCUCUUAUAG